CACACAAAUCAAAUGAGAUGAAUAUAGAGGCUUCUUCAGCAACAGAACACUCUUUGUCUCUCGUCCAACCAAAUGGUGUUUGUUCUACAGAACGAACAUACGAGGGAGGGAAUUCGCAAUGAAUUAUGUGUAAUUAUCCACGAAAACAAGAUCGCAACUCCCCUCCGCAUGCAAAAGUUGCACUGAGCUCCUCAAAAUAUGACGUCGAGAACAAAUGAUACAACUUCGAGGGGUGUUGGUGCAUAAAAGAACUCUUCGGGCAGGAAGUCGUCCUUGUUCUUCUGCUUCGAAUCAGGUAUUUAUCUGAGGACAAAGAGAGAGAGAGGCUGCGAGGGGGGAGGGCUCGGCGACUGGGGAGGCGAAAUGAGCGAGGGUUGAACAGAGAGCACGGGCAUUCAAUGCCGCGAUCGCCUCGGCCCCACCUCGAUUCCACCAUCGCUGAAGCCUUCGCAUCUCCGUUGUCGACGCUGACGCCGCCUUUUUUAUGGGGGGAGGAGCUCUCGUGGACGGCGUCCGUCGCUGGUUCCAACGCCGCUCGCAUCGAUCCUCCGCCGCUACCGCCUCCUCUUUCCUGACCGACGAUCCUGCCUACGACGAGUCCUGCCAGGAGGAGGAGGAGGAGGAGGAGGACCAGCUCCCGGUCGUCCAGGACUUAGACCUCAUCGGCCUCCCGCGCAUCAGGGUCCCCAAGCGCUUCAAGAUGCCGCCGAUCGAACAACCCUACAAGAAGAGCAUGCUUGACACUGAAUUCUUCACGGAGUAUGGUGAAGCCAGCCAGUAUCAGAUUCAAGAGGUCAUCGGCAAAGGAAGUUAUGGGGUGGUCGCUGCUGCUGUUGACACCCACAGUGGAGAGAGGGUUGCCAUCAAGAAGAUCAAUGAUGUCUUUGAGCAUGUUUCUGAUGCUACUCGCAUCCUUAGAGAGAUCAAGUUGCUCCGGUUUCUACGACAUCCUGAUGUUGUCGAAAUAAAGCAUAUAAUGCUUCCGCCUUCUCGGAGAGAGUUUAAAGAUAUUUAUGUUGUUUUUGAGCUAAUGGAAUCUGACCUUCACCAAGUUAUUAAGGCCAAUGAUGAUCUCACUCCAGAACAUUAUCAGUUCUUCUUGUACCAGCUUCUUCGAGCUCUGAAAUAUAUCCACACAGCAAAUGUAUUCCACCGUGAUUUAAAGCCCAAGAACAUACUUGCUAACGCGGACUGCAAAUUGAAAAUUUGCGACUUUGGGCUUGCUCGUGUGUCAUUUAACGAUGCUCCAUCAGCUAUUUUUUGGACUGAUUAUGUGGCAACUAGAUGGUAUCGUGCCCCAGAACUGUGUGGGUCUUUUUUCUCGAAAUAUACACCAGCAAUUGAUAUUUGGAGCAUAGGCUGUAUAUUUGCAGAAAUGCUGACUCGGAAACCAUUGUUUCCAGGGAAGAAUGUGGUACAUCAGUUGGAUCUCAUGACUGAUCUACUUGGCACACCUUCUGCUGAGACCAUUGCUAGAAUUCGAAAUGAAAAGGCAAGAAGAUAUCUUAGCAGCAUGCGGAAGAAGACACCAGUGCCUUUGUCGCACAAGUUUCCAAGUGUAGAUCCAUUGGCACUACGUCUAUUGGAGCGUCUACUAGCAUUUGAUCCAAAAGAUAGGCCUACUGCAGAAGAAGCUUUAGCAGAUCCAUAUUUUCAUGGUCUAGCGAAUGUUGAUCGUGAACCAUCAACACAACCUAUAUCAAAACUUGAAUUUGAGUUUGAAAGGAGGAAAUUGAUAAAAGAUGAUGUAAGAGAAUUAAUUUAUAAAGAGAUUCUGGAAUAUCAUCCACAGAUGCUGCAGGGAUAUCUUCGAGGUGGAGAACAGACUAGCUUCAUGUACCCCAGUGGAGUUGAUCGUUUUAAACGACAAUUUGCACAUCUUGAAGAGCACUAUGGCAAGGGUGAAAGAAGUACCCCUCUCCAGCGACAACAUGCAUCAUUGCCAAGGGAGAGGGUUUGUGCAACAAAAGUUGAAAUUGCUGGCCAAAAUAAAGAUUUUGAGAAGAGGCCUGCAGAAUCUGUUGCUGGAACCACCCUUCAAAGCCCUCCAAAGUUACAGCAAGAACCAGACCAGGCAUCAGCAACAGAAAAUGGUUUAAACAAGCCAAAUAGCAGCACCCGUAGCUUACUGAAGAGUGCCAGUAUUAGUGCAUCAAAGUGUGUUGUUAAAGGAAAAGGGGAUACUGAAGAAGAACCAAUGUCUGAGAACACAAAUGAGGUGGUUGAUGAGUUAUCUCAUAAGGUGGAGGAACUGUAUGUUUAGUGCCACAAAUGCUACGAAUACUCGGUUGACUACAGCCAUCUUAACUACAUUGGUUUGCAUACUAUGUUCCAGCCUUGAGGAGUUUGACACACGAAAAGCUCAGGUUUUAUUUAACGCCAGGCAAUAGUUGCUAUGUUGCCAACUUCACCUAUUCUUUUCUAGGUUGUGACCCACAAAUUAACAUGGCUCUGUAUUAGAUAUUUAAUGUUCAUUGGGGGAUCGAUCACCUGUCAGGUCCUGUUGAUUUUUCCUGCUGCGAAUGCUCUCCAGGGAGCUUCAUGUUGAAGAGCCAAUAUCCUGUAAUUGUAUCAUUGGUGCUAAAAGAAAACUCGUCAGGCCACAUUGUGGACAGGAAAUUGGGAUUAUUUUGUCAUUUACAAAAUGUACUGUAUGUUGCAUGUCUUCUAGUCAUUUAUUACUUUUGAUGA